AUAUAUGUCAGAGUAAUGGAUUAUAUAAUCAGAUGAAAUGAUUUAUUAUAUUAUAACGAUCGACCAAAAAACAUAGGACUGUCUAUUGAAGAAAUUUUGAGCAAACCACACCUCGAGCCGACUGAUGCGUGAUGGGGAAGUCGAUGGCCAGUUAACUGUGGUGAACAGAGUGCGCGCAUCAGUCUGAUAUUUCACUGUCAGUGGAUUUGCCCAGCAGCCGUUACUCACACUGAGAGAGACUGCUGAGACUGACUCGUUUGAUUAACAGAUUAUGUGUUGAUUUUGGGAUCUCUGGGACCAAAAUGAAGUGUGAAGUGCAGAUCAUGUCUUAUAAUGGGUCAGCUAAAGCUGGAUGUUUGGUGUCAAGUGAUGAUGUGUGUAACGGGAGCUGUACCAAAAGAGUAGGGUCCGUGACCUCGACUGCCAUCUCAAUGACGGUGGGCAUCGUCUCCAACACGCUGGCUCUCUUUAUCCUGAUCAAAGCAUACCGCAGGUUCAGGUUCAAGUCUAAAGCAGCCUUCCUCCUGUUUGCUAGCGGUCUGGUGGUGACUGACUUCAUGGGACACUUGAUCAAUGGCUCUUUGGCUCUCUACGUUUACGCCUCGCAGAAAGACUGGGAGACAUUUGACCCUCACAAGUCUCUGUGUGACUUCUUUGGAGUUUGCAUGACGUUCUUCGGCUUGACUCCCCUGCUGCUCGGGAGCUUGAUGGCAGUGGAGCGCUGUAUCGGAGUGACCCGUCCUCUCUUCCACACCACGGCGCUGGGGUCCCAUCAUGUCAAGAGUCUGCUGGGUCUGACCUGGCUCCUGGGUCUGCUGGUGGCCCUGCUGCCCAUCCUGUUCCAGCGGUCGUACGAGAUGCAGCGUUCACGAAGCUGGUGCUUCUUCCGCCUGCAGGGCCCGCGUGACUGGGUGGAUGUCCUUCUGCCCAUAUUGUUCUCUGCGCUGGGUUUGCUGGCUCUCCUCCUCUCACUAGUGUGCAAUACCAUGACUUUCUUCACUCUCCUGCGAAGUAGGGUACAACUUGACCGUGAUUAUCAUCGCCAUUGUCGUAACACAUCACACCAUUCUGAGAUGGUCUGCCAGCUUUUAGCAAUCAUGCUGGUUUCCUGUGUGUGCUGGGGGCCAAUUUUGAUAACAGCCAUCAUCUUCAGCCUAAAGGAUUACGGUGAGGAUCAGGCAUCUUACAUGCAUAUGCUGCUGGUUGUACGCAUGGCAACAUGGAACCAGAUCCUCGACCCAUGGGUGUACAUCCUCCUGCGCAAAGCUGUUUUGAAGAGACUUUUUCUGGUGGCAUUGAGGUUUUGCAGUCCUCACUUGAAAAUGAAACUCCAGUGGCAGGGCAUCACUCGGGAGUGUUCCACCACAGAGGUCAGGAGCUCAGUGGUCAGCAGACCAGACUUCAUCUGCCUGGAUGGACCUUUUCCACCAGACACUGCCAUUCAUUCAGCUCACCCGCCCUGAGCCGCAAUAGGGGAUACGAGACCUCCAUUCACAGAUAUUGGAUUAUUACAGCGGAAAAGACCGUUUCUCAGAUCCAUGCGAUGUCUCUUGUAGAGGAAAUUUGCAUUCUUUUAAAAGUUCAGUCUGAGGUCAAUCCCAGAGAAUUACAAUGUGCCAGAAAAGAUCAAAUAGGAACCAAAAAGAAGCUUCAACUUAAGACAUUUGUUCAAAUGGACAGCAUUUGGUCUACUUUGGUCAUUAGGUCUACUUUGGUUUUAUGUGUUGUGUCAACGUCAUGAAAAAAAAAAAAGGUUAAAUCAGUUGUAUCAGUGCUGUUUUCGUUUGUCUCUCAUUUACAGCAUAUAAUUAAUGUAGCUUGUGCCUUGUUUUGUUUAUGCUGCAAUUUUUUUUCAAAAAUGUUGUAUAAUGUGUUAUGUAAUUUACAUAUUAAGAUACAGUGGGUUUAUGUCAUCGUGAUGUUUGUAUUUUAUGAUAUCUAUGGAUUUUAGCAUUUUUUUAUGAAAUUGUCUUGAUUUAAAAGGUGAACAUUUUGCUUGGCUGCUGUAAAUGUUUACAUGACUAGAGCUGUAUCAAUCUGUGUCAAAUAUCUAAAAGAUAUGUCAUAAAUUACAUAGACACCACUACCAUAUUUAGGACCUAUAAUGCUUAUGUGUACCGUUUGGUAAAUUAUUAUAAAAAUUGCUCUGUCUCAUGUAAAAGCGGAAUAACAGAAUAUACUGUAUGCAUUUAUUAUUGGGUUAUCUUUUCCUAACUGUUAGAAAAAAUGUUAAAUUAUACAAAAUAUAUUAA